AUGGCUUUCGAGCCCAGAUCGUCGUCAGCACACAACCGUCUGAUGGGCACCCGAAUACCCCAUCCGCUAUCCACGAACUAUCAUAACGGUGACGAAUUUCCUUCUCCUCCUGCAAAGCGAGUGAAGACUGCUGCUCCCAACGGCACCCCUAGCCCGAAACAUAGGUCACCGAGGAAAAUCCUUCCCGCGAGAAGAAUCAAGGAUGAGGUCCCAGACUCUGAAAGCGAUGAGGAUGGUGUGGAUACAAGAGAGGAACAAACUUUGGAUGCCUUGAGCGGUACACAGUUAGAGGCUACUCUCCCACCCGUCCAGACGGACGAAGAAGCCAUCGAGGCAUAUGAAGCCUACAAGGCCGGCGAACGUUUCGAGACGGGCCCCGAGCAGGGGGACGAAGGUACAACACUGUCGCGGCUGGAGUCGCGUUCUUGGGUUCGAGGACGCACUUCAAUAUAUGUGGAUGCCUUCAAUCUCGCUCUGGACACGGUUCUGGAGGAGGAAGGGCAUCUCUUCAAUGAAGCAGAGCUCGACCUCUUCCGACAGUGGCGGGCCUUGGAUUAUGAGGUGCAGUAUCUCUACGUCAGGCUGUUCUUGAGGAAGACGAGCAAGUGGUUCCGAGUAAAGGAUCUGCAAUAUUACGGCGAUAUCGCGGACAUGGAAUAUGCCGUUGCAGAACUCCUGAAGGAGAGAACUCUGCCCACCGUUAGAAGCGAGCCCGAGGUCCACCCAGGAGAGCUUGAACCUCCUGAAGGAACCGUGUUAGGUAAGAAUUUCACCUUCGCAGAAUGCUCCUCCGAGCACAUCACCACCUUGGACGAGGCAAGCAGUCUCCUGCUGUUAGAUGAGUUGAAAGCGCUCGCGAGGGAUGCCAAAGUCAAAGGCAAGAACAAGCGUGAGCUGCUACAUAACUUUCGACGGACGAGCGGCAAACAAACAGGACUGGACUUUAAAGGCCUGAAACGCACAGAAACAGAAGAGUCCAUGGGAUCCGUCAUGUCGGAGGACGACCCGUCCGUGUACGACGACGACGAUGACGGGGAUAGCAGCGGAUCCAAAACCCCGGUCGCCAGCUUGAGCAAUCGAGACGCCCACUUUACGAAGAAGAUUCUCAAUCGGACAGGUCGGUGUAUUCGGCUUUCCUUGACGCCUCUGAAACUAUUUGAGCGAGUCCACCUUGUCUUCUACCGCAGCACUGAAUGGACGGAGAAGAGUCUGACCACCUUGAUCCUCGCCAAGAUCUCCCGGCGCAACUUCCCCCAGUACAUCGUCAGCCGGUCGACCACGAUCUUCGAGUCACGGGCUCUGCUGCUGGAGUUCGAGGCAAGCCUUCGGACGCAGUUCAAGGUCGACAACAUCCUCGAGUUUAACGGCACCCCGGGUCGGAAAUCGCUCGAGGAUGUCAAAAAGAUCUUCGAGGCCGUAUACCCACGGUGGAGAGCCCUCCUGGCAGAAGAACAAAGAAAAGAAGAGCGUUUGUACGAGAGCGGCGAAGGUGCAUACCUACGCCGCUUCAGCCCUGCUUGGGUGUACACGCGCAUCGUGCACAAAGGACUACACCCGCUCGCAAGAUUCAAAGAACAUCUACGUGAACACGAGACCCUGAGCGAACUGCUGGACCAAAGGCUGUUCCACGCCGCGCGAAGAGGGGCCUGGUACCAGCGAAAAGCACUCCUCGAAGAACAUUACAUGCACGCUCUAACGCCCGACGCCGGCCGCGCUGCAGAGGCGAACAAAAAGCACUGGAAACGCGUCGCACUGCAGACCUGCGAGCAAGGUCUGCAGGACAAAGAAUGUCACGUCAUCUACCACUACGACCUGCAGAAACGAAUCAAGAAGCUCGAAAAGCAACUGCGCAUCCCACUGCGAGAGCAGCACGAUUUUGGGCACGUCAGGCUCGGCAAACCCUACGAGCGAACGGUGGUGGGCAUCAAGAUCGAACAAGACCGCGACUCUACACCGCAUGGCCUCGGUCGCAAGAACAGCCUCAACACCGACAAACCCCCUCCCUCUCUAAUCCACCAACCCAGCACAGGUGGUGCCACCGGCUCCAAAACAGUCUGGCUCGACCACCUGGACACCAACCUCCCCGUGUCCGUCGAGUCCAUGUGCUUGUCCCACUACCGCCACAUGCUAGGCUACAAGGGGUACCACUCCGAAGGCGGCAUCCUGCGCACCCUGUUCGGCCUGCUCUUUUACGACAUCCUCUUCUUCAACCCGUACAUCCCCAACGUCUUCCAAACAGCGUACCAGACGUGUCCAUUGGAUCUGCACACGGAUUCAUUCUUCUCGGCCCGCAUGCCCGAGAUCCUGGGCCGCGUCAACCAGCUCUGCAACGGCGAGGCACCCGACCUGAUCAAGCGGGUCUGGGACCAAGAGUACGAGAAUAGGACAUGCAUCGUCGGCGUGCGGUGGGAUGAAUUCGACCGCGACGAUCUCCUGGAGCUGGUCGCGUGUUUUCGCGGCCAGGCUCUGGGCACGAUCAUGCUGGUCAUGGCGCAGGAGUAUCAGUCCCGAGGCGGCGGCGUGCCGGAUCUGGUGCUCUGGAAGGUGUCUGACGCUGCCGAAACCGAAAACGAAAACAAAGGUGGCGCCCACGGUGUCCUUGCAGACGAGAAAAUAUCGGCCAGUGCCGCAGAGGGACUCAGCAGCAGCAGCAGCAGCGAAGCAAAAGGGGAAGUCGUCUUCGCGGAGGUCAAGUCCGCGAACGAUCGGCUGAGCGAUACCCAGAGACUGUGGAUCAGUGUCUUGCUUUCGGCGGGCGUCAAGGUGGAGCUGUGUCACGCUGUGGCUGGACGAGACUCCAAAAGAUUAGAAGGCUAG